UUUCGUUUCUUUUGAGGUAAUGACGGAUAUGAAAGGGUGGUGUACAACGCAAGAGCACUUCCUCCCCAGGAAGCGAUCGAAGGACAAUUAUGAUAGGUUUAUACCAAAUAGGGCUGCGAUGGACUUUGACUACGCUCAUUAUGCUCUAACUCAAGGAAGAAAAGUUAAGGAUGAAGUAACUUCACCAUCAAGAAAAGCCUACAUAGAAGGAUUAGCUGAGACCAUGAAUAUGAAUAGAACCCGGAUACUCGCUUUCAGAAACAAACCUCAAGCUCUGCUUUCUACUAGUAGUCACUCUGAUUCUUCUGAUCCUCACCAACAACCUAGGUCCGUAAAGCCUCGUAGAAACAUUCGUCAGACUUGUGAGAAAACCGUGGACCUACCUGACUUAGCCGAUGACUUCUACCUUAACUUGUUGGACUGGAGCAGUGCUAAUGUUCUAGCCGUGGCUUUGGGACACACUGUUUACUUGCGGAAUGCAUCCACUGAUCUUACAUAUGAGCUUGUGACCGUUGAUGAAGAGGAGGGACCUGUCACAAGCGUUAACUGGACGCAAGAUGGUAAAUAUCUUGCAGUUGGUCUUCACAACUCUGUAGUGCAGCUGUGGGAUUCUUCUGAUGGUAGACUGAUAAGAACAUUGAAAGGUGGUCACCAGUCAAGAGUAGGAUCAUUGGCAUGGAACGAACACAUUCUAACAACUGGAGGAAUGGACGGACGGGUCAUCAACAAUGAUGUGCGGAUCAGAUCACCCGUUGUGGCUACUUACGUGGAUCACACUGAAGAGGUUUGUGGUCUCAAGUGGUCAGGAUCAGGACAGCAACUAGCAAGUGGUGGGAACGACAACUUGGUACACGUAUGGGAUCGUUCCUUGGCCUCCUCCUCCUCCAACUCAACUAGGCAAUGGCUGCAUAGGUUUGAGCAACAUAGAGCUGCUGUGAAAGCUCUUGCGUGGUGCCCUUUCCAAUCGAGUUUGCUUGCAACUGGUGGUGGUGGCAGAGAUCAGACGAUUAAGUUCUGGAAUACACUCACUGGGGCUUGCUUGAAUUCAGUUGACACCGGCUCUCAAGUUUGUUCACUGUUAUGGAGCAAAACCGAAAGAGAAUUGCUUAGCUCACAUGGGUAUACACAGAAUCAGCUUACACUUUGGAAGUACCCAUCCAUGGUGAAAAUGGCUGAACUCACUGGUCAUACAUCAAGAGUUCUUUAUAUGGCACAGAGUCCUGAUGGGUGUACCGUGGCUUCAGCAGCAGCAGACGAGACUCUCAAGAUUUGGAAUGUUUUUGGAGUACCAGGAACCGCCAAGAAAGCUGUUCCAAAAGUAGCUCCAGAGCCAUUUUCUCAUGUUACUCGUAUUCGUUGA